AUGGUACGAGACUUACUGGCAUUACCCACAGCAUUGCCUCUGAUCACUGCCAGUUUUGCUACUGACGAAGUCCAUCUACUUGUUGGCACAGGGUCCACGGAUUCAAUAAGCGUUUGUAAGAACAGAAUUCACUCCAUUUUGAAUGCUGGUGGUAAUCCUAUUGUGGUUAGUCCCUCGUCGACAAGCCAUGCCAAGCAAUUGCAUAUGGAAUUUGGGUGCUUCGAGAAAUUUCAGGUAAUAGAGAGGGGGUUUGCUUUAUCCGAUUUGACUACUCUGGGGAGGUCCCUAGUGUGCAAAGUCGUGGAUAGAGUAUUUGUAGAUCUACCCGUAGCCCAAAGCAACCUAUGUGAUGAAAUCUUCUGGCAAUGUCAAAAACUAAGAAUCCCUAUAAACACUUUUCACAAGCCAGAGUUCUCGACCUUCAACAUGAUACCAACGUGGAUGGACCCCAAGGGAAGCGGUUUGCAAAUCGCAGUAACUACUAAUGGUAAUGGAUACAUCCUGGCCAAUAGAAUAAAAAGAGAUAUAGUGUCUCAUUUACCUCCCAAUAUAUCCGAAGUCGUGAUAAACAUGGGAUAUUUGAAAGACCGUAUUAUAAACGAAGACCAUAAGAUCCUGUUGAAGGAAAAAUACUAUCAAACUGACAUGUCAUUGCCUGGAUUUGGUUACGGGCUAGACGAAGAUGGAUGGGAAAGUCAUAAAUUCAAUAAGCUAAUUCGUGAAUUUGAAAUGACUAGCAGGGAACAGAGACUGAAGAGAACUCGAUGGUUAUCUCAGAUAAUGGAGUAUUACCCCAUGAACAAGUUGAGCGACAUUAAGUUGGAGGAUUUCGAAAUACCUUCCUCUACAACAAAGAAAGCGAAGCAGGAGUCUGCUAUAGAGGGCAUAGUCUCCCCCGCUAAUGAGAAGCUCGGAAGGGAAACCGAACAACUACAGUUAUCGGAGGUUGGAAAGAAGAAAGGUCCCGAAACGCAGGGGGAAAUUUCAUUGGUCGGAAGUGGACCAGGUUCAGUAUCUAUGUUAACAAUAGGAGCAUUGCAGGAGAUAAAGACUGCGGAUAUAAUUUUAGCAGAUAAACUAGUUCCUCAAGCCAUUUUAGACUUGAUACCUACACAAACCGAAACGUUUAUAGCCAAGAAAUUCCCCGGUAAUGCAGAACGAGCACAACAGGAACUACUGGCCAAAGGCCUAGAAUCCCUGAUGGACGGAUUGAAAGUGGUGCGUUUGAAGCAAGGCGAUCCGUAUAUUUUUGGUCGUGGCGGUGAAGAAUUCAAUUUCUUCAAGGAUCGCGGGUAUAUCCCAUCAGUUCUACCAGGCAUCAGCUCCUCCCUAGCUUGUACCGUAUUGGCUCAGAUACCUGCUACACAACGUAAUAUUGCAGAUCAAGUACUCAUAUGUACCGGAACCGGUAGGAAGGGUGCUCUACCCGAGAUCCCUGAGUUCGUUAAAAGUAGAACUACAGUUUUCUUGAUGGCGUUGCAUAGAGCCAAUGUCCUCAUUACAGAGCUUUUGAAACAUGGGUGGGAUAGUGAUGUUCCUGCUGCAAUUGUUGAGAGAGGCUCGUGUCCUGAUCAACGUGUCACUAGAACUCUUCUAAAGUGGGUGCCGGAAGUGGUAGAGGAGAUUGGAUCAAGGCCUCCAGGUGUCUUGGUUGUAGGUAAGGCUGUGAACGCGUUAGCUGAUCAAGAUGUAUCAAAUUUGAGUGAAUCAAGAAAAUACGUUGUUGACGAAGGUUUUAGAGAAUUUGAGGUUGAUACGGAUAGUUUAUUUAAAUAG